UAAAAAAUAGGCGCGCGGAGUUCUCGUAAUAAAAACCAUCUUCUUUCCAAACCAAAACCUAGCAGCGAGAGACGGAUAGGAGAGCAGCGCCGCAGCCAUGGUGAGUUCGACGGCAGUUUCCGCUGAACUGUGUCUAGGAGAACUAUCUCACCAGCUCUCUUUAAUGAUUCCAUUGACGUGUCUUUGUGAUUUUGCAGAGUCUGGUAGCCAAUGAAGAUUUCCAGCAUAUUUUGCGUAUCCUCAACACCAACGUUGAUGGAAAGCAGAAGAUUAUGUUCGCUCUCACUUCCAUCAAAGGUAUCGGCCGCCGAUUUGCUAACAUCUGCUGCAAGAAAGCCGACAUCGACAUGAACAAAAGGGCUGGAGAGCUGUCUUCUGCUGAGAUUGAAAAUCUGAUGACGGUUGUUGCGAACCCCCGUCAGUUCAAGAUCCCAGACUGGUUCCUUAACAGGCAGAAGGAUUACAAGGAUGGUAACUAUUCACAGGUUGUAUCCAAUGCCUUGGAUAUGAAACUCAGGGAUGAUCUCGAGAGAUUGAAGAAAAUCAGGAACCAUCGUGGUCUGCGACACUACUGGGGUCUUCGUGUACGUGGACAGCACACUAAGACUACUGGACGCAGGGGAAAGACUGUUGGUGUCUCCAAGAAGCGCUAAGAGAUUUUGAUUUUACACCCCAUCUGUUCUCAUUAAAUUAUGUUCUGUUUAUUUUUCAAAUUUUGGUUAAAUAUACAAUGAAUUGGUUUUAGCACUUGGAGUUCCUGUUUCCUAAGCAUGUGAGCCUUUAGGGUUUUCAAUCAAAGUGGACAGCCUUUUGCUUCAUCUAUAUUCCUAAUGUAGUUAUAAUGAUCUACUAUGUCUUUUAUGUAGGUAUCGUAUCUUGCAUUAUUCAGAUUAGAUUACAUGAACAUGAGCUGAUUUUCCUUUAUAUUUUGUCAAUUCCCUCUGUUGGGUGUUUAGAAGCUUUAAGAAGAAAUCUACUUAUUUGAGUGUGUGGAUAA